AUGGCGCGCAGGCAACACCUCUCCCUCAUGGUCCUCCUGGGCUUCAUGGCAUUCCUCACCCUGACCUACUUCACGGUCGGCGGCUCCUCGGCCGAGCGCUACCCGGUCAAGACGGACGUGCUCAGGAGCGCGGCGGAGGACAAGACGGACAUCGCGAAGGAGGCUCAGAAGGGCGACUUUGGUCUGCCUUCGGACAUCCUGAAAGGCGGCGCCAUCGCGCCCAAGCUGGAGAACGCCACGAUCAAAGCCGAGCUCGGCCGCUCCUCGUGGCGCCUCCUGCACACGAUGAUGGCCCGCUUCCCGGAGAAGCCGACGGCCGACGACAGCCUCGCCCUCAAGACCUACAUCCAGCUCUUCGCGCGCCUCUACCCCUGCGGCGACUGCGCCGCCCACUUCCAGAAGCUGCUGGCCAAGUACCCGCCGCAGGUGUCGAGCCGCAACGCCGCCGCCGGCUGGGCCUGCUUCGUCCACAACGAGGUCAACGCGCGGCUCAAGAAGCCGCUCUUUGACUGCAACAACAUCGGCGACUUUUACGACUGCGGCUGCGGCGACGACGACAAGAAGAAGAAGGACAAGGAAGGGUCCGGCAAGGGGGCCGGAGCAGGCGAGGGGGCGGCGCUCAAGACGCAGGAGAGGAAAGAGGAUGGCGGCGGCGGCAGUAGUGUGAGUGUGGAGAAGGAAGGCUCAGUAUGGAGUUCGGCACUUCUGGCCAUCUCAAUGAAGGUGCGCAAGCUCCCGAAAGUCGAUCGAAGCAUUAGGCCACCUGGGGCAAUGUUCAGAACAGGGUCGCUGACUAUGCGCGCAGAUGGCAUCCACGUCGACAUGGAUAGGUUAAAGAAGGGAGAGGUCAAUAUGGCGGUCACAUUCAAGGACGGUGUCAUCCUGGGCGCCGACUCCCGGACGACGACAGGCGCUUACAUCGCCAAUCGAGUGACGGACAAGCUGACCAAGGUCCACGACACCAUCUGGUGCUGCCGGUCUGGCUCUGCCGCCGACACCCAGGCCGUUGCCGACAUCGUUCAGUACCAGCUCGGCAUGUUUGCCAUGACCAACGGCAAGCCCCCGACCACCCAGACCGCAGCCGCCAUCUUCCAGGAGAUCACCUACGCGAACAAGGACCGGUUGACUGCUGGUCUCAUCGUUGCCGGCUGGGACGAGCGCCACGGCGGCCAGGUCUACUCGAUCCCCCUGGGAGGAUCCCUUCACAAGCAGUCGUACGCCAUCGGCGGCUCUGGCUCAACAUACAUCUACGGCUACUGCGACGCCAACUGGAAGGAGGGCAUGGAGGAGGCCGACGCCGUCAACUUUGUCAAGGGCGCGCUGAAGGAGGCCAUCAAGUGGGACGGCAGCUCGGGCGGUGUCAUCCGCAUGGUCGUCCUGACCCGCAAGGGAGCGGACCGGCACCUCUACCUCCCGGACACCGACUACAAGGUUCGACACGAGUGA